AUGUCUAGUUUGUCAUUAAGUCAAUCACAAUCUUUAUUUGUUGGUGGUAGUGGUGGCGGUAGUGGUAAUGGUCAUCACCAACAUUCAAUGUCAUUCAUUUUCAGUGUAGAUUGUGAUAAUGAAGCGAUGCUCUAUAAUCUUACAAACACUGAAGUCGAACUACUGGAUAUCCGAUCGCACGGUGCUUGUACCUUUAACUCAAUGGUGGUGGUUGGCGAUAGUAUCUACACUUUCGGUGGCGAUGACUUUAGCAGUAGAUACCAACGAUUCUCGAUAAAGUCGAAAUCGAUCGAUAUGGAAGGAGACAUCGUUGGCAUUGAAGGUGGCAAAGACAUCAGCGUGUGUUUCGAUGGCUACGAAAAUAUCUAUCUGCUCAAUGGGUACAAGCGAUCGACGCUGGUGAUCUCACGCUUCAAUCUACACACCAUGCAAUUCAUCAGUGCUCACUGUCACGAUGGCAAUGGAAAAAUCUACAUACACUCGGAUGACCGACGUUUCUUCUCCAUCAAUAUCGACACCAAGGAGAUCAAACAACUUAAACAUUUGGAUUUGCACUUUAAGAAUUUCUGUUCGAUGGUAUACCAUCAAGUUGAUCCUUCACACAGUUUUAUCUAUCUUCUCGGUGGUAAGCACUAUGGAAAUCAUCGAUAUUCCAUCGAAUCCGACAAAUGGCAAAGUGUAUUCAAAGAUUCACAUUCCGAUCGACGCACAUGCGGAUCCCUUUUUUAUUCCCUUAAUACAACAACAUUUUAA